AUGAGUGCAUUUGUGCGGGGGGGCGGAGUGGAGGUGCUGGUUCACAUGGCAGGCCGGCACGGGCCUGAGGAGCCACGGUUUGAAGCAACAAAGGUAUGCGAGGGCGAGGGCUUGUAUGUUGCUGUUGGGGAAUGUGGUGGGCUGGUUUGUGGUGUGAGUGCGUCUGUAUGUUUGUGCGAGGGGGCGGAGUGGAGGUGCUGGUUCACAUGGCAGGCCGGCACGGGCCUGAGGGGCCACGGUUUGAAGCAACAAAGUGCGUCUGUAUGUUUGUGCGAGGGGGCGGAGUGGAGGCGCUGGUUCACACGGCAGGCCGACAAGGGCCUGAGGGGCCACGUGAGUGUGGAUGAGGCAUGGGAGGUGGUGAGUGGGGGGAAGGUGUCAAGUCAAGACCAAGCUUACGGUUUUCAAACGCCCUUUCCAUUCCCCGUUUGCCCUACCCCUUCCCCCUCAUCCCACCCCUCAGGCCCUGGCGAAUCUGUCAAAACCUUGUCUCCUCCCCAUCCAACCACUGCACUCCACCCUGCCCUUUCCUCCCGCACCGCCCCCACCCGUCAGGCCCUGGCGAAUCUGUCAGUGAGUGUGGAUGUGGCAAGGGAGGUGGUGAGGGUGGGGGGAGUGGGAGUGCUGCUAUCCCUCCUCGCUCACUCCAACGGCUUCAUAGCUGAAGCUGCUGCAGGGGCGCUCUGGAACCUAUCAGUGGCUGACGAAUACAAGACAUACAUCAGGCGAGCGGGGGGCAUAGCCACGUUGGUAGACCUUAUGGCCACCACUCCUCCUCCGGCUCUCGGCCUCCAAGGCGAAUGUGUCCUCGAGCGGGUGACAGGUGCAUUGGCCAACCUAGCAGUGGACGACGGGUGCAGCGCGGCCAUAGUGGAGCGGGGAGGGGUGGCGGCGCUGGUGCGCGUGCUGGUGGGGUGCCGCCACGACCUCGUGCUCGAGCAGGCUGCCAGGGCCCUCGCCAACCUCGCAGCCCAUGGCGACUGCAACCGCAACUCCGCUGCUGUUGGAGCAGAGCCGUCUGCCAUCCCCGCGCUGGUGGGACUGCUGCAGUCACCAAAUGAAAGCUUAAAACAAGAGGGAGCAGGAGCACUGUGGAAUCUAUCAUUCGACGAACGCAACAGGGAGGCGAUCGCAGCAGCAGGGGGAGUGGAGGCGUUGGUUCGCUUGGCCCAGGAGUCGUGCCUCCCCGGUGCAGCAGAGGACACGCAGGAGCGAGCCGCCGGUGCUUUGUGGGGACUCAGCGUUUCUGAAGCCAACAGUGAGGCCAUUGGUCGGGCGGGUGGAGUGGAGACUCUGCUGAGCCUUGCACAGUCGCGCAAGCAGGAGGUCCAAGAGACUGCCACUGGCGCGCUUUGGAACCUAGCCUUCAAUCCAAGCAACGCCGCCCGCAUUCUCGUGAACAGUGGCGUGCCCGUCAUGGGCGCAAUCAUUGCUGCCUCCCUGCCGCCCUCUGCCCUCUCCCACUUCUCCUCUGAACCCACCUCCCCCUCCUGCUCCUACUCCCCUUCCUCAACAUCCACUCCUAGAACCACCACCACUGCCCACACUUCCCCAUCCUCUACAAACCCUUCUCGUGCUCCUGGUGCUGCUGGUGGCCGUGCUGCUGGUGGUUCUGCUGCUGGUCGCGCCAGUGCUGCUGUUGCUACUGUUGGUGGCUUUGCCUGGCAUGAGCUGCUGCCGCAGUCCCCCCCUCCUCCUCCUGCCCGCACGCUCCCUCUCCAUCCUGUUUUACCCAACAAUCGCAACUUCGCUGCUGCUGAUCCAGCAGCAGAGGCUGCCCUUCACGCUGUUGCUGCUGCCACUGCCGCCGGUGCUGGUGCUGCUGCGACUACCGCUGCUAUCCGUGCUGCUCUUGCCGAUGCCGAUGCUGCUGCUAUUGCCGCUGCUGCUCGUUCUCCUGCCGACGGUGCUCGUUGGAAAGCGUCUCCCAUGGCUGGAUUUAUGGCGUCUCUUGCUCUAGCAUACAUGUGCGAUGGCAGCAAAGAUGCAGAAAUGGUGGCAGCGGCAGAAGCAGUAGCGCCUGAACUAGAAGCCACAGGCUCGGCCACACCUGGCUCUGCGGCUCGGAACGUUCCUGCUUGCACCCACACUUUCACCUCCCCUGCUGCUGGGCCAUCCAACGCUUCAGGUUCUGGUUCAGGAGAUCUGCCGCCGCCCAUGUCAGCGGGGUUCACGCGGCACCUGGGAGCACGGCUGGCAGCAGCAGAUGAUGCUGCCCUCAUGGAAUUCUCUCAGAACUGCCGCAUUCAGGAGGCGGGGCUGCUGAGGUGCAGUGCGGCCGAGAUUGCUCGUUUCGUCGUCAUGCUACGAAGCCCCUCCCCCUCUCUGCGCGCCUGUGCUGCCUUUGCCCUCCUGCAACUCACCAUGCCGCACGCCCGCCACACCACCCACCACAUCAAUCUUCUCUCCGAGGCCGGCGCUUCACGUACCAUUCGUGCCACUGCUGCUGCCGCUACGUGCCCUCCAAUGGUCAGGCUGCUGGCUCGGGCUCUUUUGAAGAAUCUCGAUUUGCAUGCGCGACAGGAAGCCAAGGGGAAAAGGUUGCGGCUGUGA